UUGAAAAAAAAAAAGAAAAAGUGAGAUCGAUGGAAGGGCCCUUCAACAAAACAGUAACAAGGAAUAUAACUAUUUACGACCAACUAUCAUAUGUUUCCUUAUCACACUCAUCCAUUUUGCAAGCCAAAUUACCCCUUUUGGUCAUCUUUUUCUUCCAGUUUAAGUUGAUCAUAAAAUAUAUUUUUCAAAAGAACAAGAGAUCAUCAGCGGUACGAGCUCCUCUUCCCCCGGGGCCAUCUCCAAUGUGGCCAAUUCUCGGGUGUGUCCCGCACAUGUUGAGAAAUCGACCGGCAUACCGGUGGAUUCAUCGUCUCAUGAAACAGCUCAACACUGAUAUUGCUUGUUUCCGUCUUGUUGGAAAUUCCCACGUGAUUGCGGUGACUUCACCGGAAAUUGCCAGGGAAUUUUUAAAGAAACAUGACGCGGUGUUUGCGUUGAGACCCGAGACAAUGGCGACUUGCAUUGUCAGUAAAGGAUACCUCACAACGGCCUUGUGUCCAGGGGGAGAGCAGUGGAAGAAAAUGAGAAGAAUCUUGGCUUCUCACGUCCUGAGCCCGUCCACAAUGCGCUGGCUACUUGACAUGAGAAACCAAGAAGCUGAUAAUCUUGUUCGCUACCUUUAUAAUCAAUGCUCUAAGAAUUUGAAAGGUGACGUUGUCAAUGUUAGGACUGCUGCGCAGCAUUAUCCAGCCAAUGCCAUGAGAAGAAUGAUGUUCGGCAGAAGGUACUUUGGCAAAGGAAGAGCUGAUGGAGGACCCGGCCUUGAAGAAGAAGAGCAUGUUUCCUCAUUCUUUACGAUGCUUCUACAUAUUUAUGCCUUCUCUGUAUCAGACUACUUUCCAUGGUUGAAAAGUCUAGAUUUAGACGGCCAUCGGAAGAAGGUGUGCGACGCCGUGAAAGUCGUCGAUAAGUAUCACGACCCAAUAAUAGCCGAUAGAAUUCAAGAAUGGAGAGAAGGGAAGAAGACACAGCCUGAAGACCUCCUUGAUGUUCUCAUUUCGCUCAAAGAUUCCAAUGGCAACCCUCUUUUGUCUAAAGAUGAGAUUCGAGCAAAAAUCACGGAAAUAUUUAUUGAAACAGUAGACAAUCCAUACAACGCUGCAGAGUGGGCGCUAUCAGAAAUGAUCAACCAACCAAAUCUAAUCGAGAAAGCAGUGGAAGAACUGGACAGAGUUGUAGGAAAGGACAGGCUGCUUCAAGAAUCCGACAUCCCUCACCUCCCCUACGCGGUGGCCUGCGCCCGGGAGGCCCUCCGCCUCCACCCGAUGGCGCCUUUCAACGUCCCCCAUGUGUCCUCUGCCGACUGCACCGUUGCCGGCUACUUCAUCCCCAAGGGCAGUAGUGUCUUGCUUAGCCGCCUAGGGCUCGGCCGAAACCCCAACGUGUGGGACGACCCUCUGCGGUUCGACCCCGAGCGCCACCUGCCGGAGGGCCACGUGGAUCUUGUGGAGACGGAGCUGAGGUUCAUUAGCUUCACUAGGGGAAGGAGAGGGUGUGUGGGAGCCGGGCUUGGUUCAAACCUUACUGUGAUGCUGUUGGGAAGGCUUCUACAAGGGUUUACAUGGAGUAUACCAGUGGGUGUCGAGAAGAUUGAUUUGUGUGCCGAUGCUGACUCACUUCUUAAGGCCACACCAUUGUUUGCUCAUGCCAAACCUCGACUGAAUCCUUCAGUCUAUAUGUCCUUACUCUAGCUCUAGCAUUAUUAAUGAUCUUUGUGACUUACCACUAUAAUAUUGCCUCCUUUUUCUAGGUUUAAUCUUCUGCUCAUGAAUAAGGAAGGCUUUAUUUUCUUUUCUUAGUAGCCCUUAAGAAAUAAAUAAA